AUGGGGAUUGGGGAUGCAUCACCUAGUGAAAACCAGUCUGCACACAAGGAACAGAGGGAUGAGACCACGCCACUUCUCCCGGUCAAGGCGGAAGAGGAAGAUGGGAUCCAUGAGUUCAAUGGAGCGUCUUUCUCGGGUGCAGUUUUCAAUCUGUCGACAACCAUCGUGGGGGCUGGAAUUAUGGCCCUGCCAGCAAGUAUCAAGAUGCUAGGCAUUAUCCCUGGUAUUUUGAUGAUCAUCCUUGUGGCAUUGCUCACUGAGGCAUCAAUUGACAUGAUGGUCAGGUGCAGCCACCAGGCCAAGAUUACAUCCUAUGGCUGGCUCAUGGGUGACUCUUUUGGUCAAUGGGGGAGGAUUGCACUGCAAGCAUCUGUGGUCAUAAACAACGUUGGCGUCAUGAUUGUAUACAUGAUUAUCAUCGGUGAUGUGCUAUCGGGAACAUCUACAACUGGUGUUCAUCACCGGGGUAUCUUUGAGGGGUGGUUUGGGCCUCAUUUCUGGAAUUCUCGUCCAGUUGUUCUCCUUGCCACAACUAUUUUUGUGUUUGCUCCAUUGGUGAGCUUUAAGCGAUUGGAUUCAUUGAGAUACACAUCUGCUCUGUCAGUUGCUCUUGCUGUGGUUUUUGUUGUCAUCACUGCUGGAAUUGCUAUUCUCAGACUGAUAGAAGGGACCGCGGAGAUUCCCAAACUCUUCCCUGAGAUACAUGAACUCAAUUCCAUCUGGGAACUCUUUACAGCUGUGCCGGUUCUUGUCACUGCCUAUAUUUGCCACUACAAUGUUCACAGCAUCGAUAACGAACUGGAAGAUAGAAGUCAGACUAAGCCAAUUGUGCGAACUUCAUUGGCUCUCUGUUCAAGUGUUUAUGUUGCAACAAGCUUCUUUGCAUAUUUACUCUUCGGCGAGGGUACCCUCUCCGAUGUGCUCGCUAAUUUUGACUCUGACCUUCAUAUUCCAUUCAGCUCUGUCUUCAAUGAUAUAGUCAGAGUGAGCUAUGUAGUCCAUGUCAUGCUGGUCUUCCCUAUAGUCUUCUUUGCCCUUAGGCUCAACCUGGAUGGACUCCUCUUCCCCACCUCAAGGCACAUUUCUCAUGACAACCGAAGGUUUAUCAUUAUCACCGUCUCACUCCUCGCUGUGAUUUAUCUUGCUGCCAACUUCAUACCAAGCAUCUGGGAUGCGUUCCAGUUCACCGGUGCUACAGCUGCUGUCCUGAUUGGUUUCAUCUUUCCUGCCAUGAUCAUACUGAGGGAUUCUUAUGGGAUUGCAACCAAGCGCGACAAGGUUUUAGCUGUAACCAUGAUUGUGCUUGCUGUGCUCUCCAAUUCAGUGGCCCUGUACAGCGAUGCGAUGAGCAUCUUCUACAGGAAGGUGGAGGCCUAG